CUGAAGCAAUCAUGUGCGUGACGUAUAGGUAUCAACCGAUUCGAUGAUUACUCAUUCGCUCAUCAAAAUCGCGAUGAUUUUGAAUAUAUGAAGGUGUCACACUACUAGUAGUACUACCAGUGAAUUACUUUAUCAAUAAAUUUUAGUGGGUGAUGAUAUGAGACCUGUUAUGGCUCAUGCCUAGCCAUAGGGACUGUAGAAUGGUGAUGUAGAAGAAGUGAUGAAGUUGGCUAGGUGAUGAGGCAAUGAAGUGGUGCGCGGUGGUGGCGAUUAUCCUGGGGCUGAUGGUCCUAGGUGCGCUUGGUUGUGGUCCGGGUCGUGGUACCGGUAGACGCAGGGGUCCCAGGAAACUUACCCCUUUGGUGUUUAAGCAGCACGUGCCUAACGUACCGGAACAUACGCGUACCGCGAGCGGAGCUACCGAGGGCCGUGUUGGACGUAAUGAUUCCCGGUUCAGGGAUCUGGAACCUAAUUACAGUCCGGACAUUAUUUUUAGGGACGAGGAAGGAUCUGGGGCUGAUAGACUUAUGACUGGGCGUUGCAAAGAAAAACUGAACACCCUAGCUAUCUCAGUCAUGAACCAAUGGCCAGGAACCAAAUUGUUAGUGAUAGAAGGUUGGGAAGAUGAAGAAGAACAUGCUCCAGAUUCUCUUCAUUACGAAGGACGCGCAGUAGACAUCACCACGUCAGAUAAAGAAAAAUCCAAAUUGGGAAUGCUGGCCAGACUGGCUGUAGAAGCUGGAUUUGAUUGGGUCUUUUACGAAAGCAAGACUCACAUACAUUGUUCUGUGAAAUCAGAAUCAUCACAAGCAGCAAAAUAUGGUGGUUGUUUCACUGGCGAAAGUACAGUACUAACGUCAACCGGUGUACGACGCCAACUCUCAGAACUCCACGUGGGAGAAAAAAUCCUUUCACACGAUCCAGCCACCCAAAAAUUAGUAUUUAGUGAAGUGAUCCUGUUCCUAGAUUACAAUCCGUCACAAAGACGCGAGUUCCUCAAUUUCCAUUUGAAAUCCGGUAGAACUUUAACGGUGACAUCAAAUCACUUAAUCACAUUAAAAGACGGUCGGACAGUAUAUGCUAAAUCACUCAAAAUUGGUGAUAAUUUAUUAGUUAGUGAUGAUAAAAACUCUUUAAGUAAAGACACUAUAGAACAAAUUAAAACAGUGUUUCGAACAGGCGUGUUCGCGCCUUUAACCAAAGUUGGCACGGUUGUUGUAAAUGAAGUAGUAGCUUCUUGCUAUGCCACCGUUGAUAGUCAAACUUUGGCUCAUUGGGCUUUUAUGCCUUUGCGCUUAGUUUGGAAUGUUAAACUAGGUAUACAUAGGUUUUGGGUUCUUUUAAAUAACCCAUUGCAUGGCUGGAUGGUACCAAUUAAUGAAAUUAGAAAAGAAUUGCCAGCUGAAGGGGUGCAUUGGUACGCCAAUGUGUUAUAUGCUACUGCGAAUUAUUUAAUUCCAACACACAUACAUGAUGACUAA